UAUACAAUUUUGUAAAUAAGUGAUUUUUCUCCUUCACUGAUGUGCGCUAAUGAGGCUGCGGUGAUGGCCACUGAUAGGCUGCACUGAUGGACUCUGAUAGGUGGCACUGACUGGCAGCACUGAUAGGUGGCACUAAUUGGCAUUGGUAGGUGGCACUGACUGGCACUGAUGGGUGACAUUGAAAGGCAGCUCAGAUGGGCACUGAUAUGUGGCAUUGAUGUGCACUGGUAUGCACUGAUAUGUGGCACUGAUGGGCACUGGCAUGUGGCACUGAUGAGCACUGACUGCUGGCACUGAUGGACACUGACAGGUGGC